GCUGCGGGCCGGGCGCCCGGUGCUCACCCGCCGGAGCCAGUUUGCGGUAGGCUCGGGCCCACGCCCUAAGGGGUUAAACCUUUCUCAUGUUACCAAGCCGCUUAUAAGGAGGGGGAGGCCAAGCCUCCGCCUUAUUGGGAGCCUUUUGGGGUUUAUUCUCUUCCCUUCUAACUUGAUUAAGAAUGACCCAAAAGACAUCACAGCUUUGCUCCAGAGCCAAUGUUUAUACUCAAGUGCCUGACGGAGGAUGGGGCUGGGUCGUUGCUGUGUCUUUUUUCUUCGUUGAAGUCUUCACCUAUGGUAUCAUCAAGUCAUUUGGUGUCUUCUUCAAUGACUUAAUGGACAGUUUUAAUGAAUCUAAUAGCAGGAUUUCAUGGAUCAUAUCAAUAUGUGUAUUUGUCUUAACAUUCACAGCUCCCCUCUCUGCUGUCCUGAGCACUCGUUUUGGGCACCGUCUGGUGGUGGUGGCAGGAGGCCUGCUUGUCAGCACGGGGAUGGUGACGGCGUCCUUUUCCGGAGAGCUGUAUCACAUGUACAUUUCAAUCGGCGUCAUAUCCGGUUUGGGAUUCUGCUUUAGCUUUCUACCAACCGUCACCAUUUUAUCCCAGUACUUUGACAAAAGGCGCUCCAUGGUCACUGCAAUUGCUUCCACGGGAGAAUGUUUCGCCACGUUUGCCUUCGCCCCAGCCAUCACGGCUCUGAAGGACAACAUUGGCUGGAGAUACAGCCUCCUCUUCGUGGGCUUGCUGCAGCUGAACAUCGUCAUCUGCGGGGCGCUGCUGAGACCGAUCAUCAUCAGAGCCCCGGUGUCCCCCCAAGCAGCCGCACACGAGCACCGGAAGGAAGUGCAGUGUAUGCUCGAAAACGAGAAAACACGCACCUCAAUAGAUUCCAUUGACUCAGGAGUAGAACUAACUACCUCGCCGAAAAAUGUGCCUAGUCACGCCAACACAGACCUGGGCCCGAAGGCCGACAUGCAGCUGGCGAAGGCCAGCUCCGAGCAGAGCGGUAAGAAAGCCCCUCUGUUGGACUUCUCCAUCUUGAAAGACACCGGUUUUAUCUGUUACGCGUUGUUCGGUCUCUUUGCAACCCUGGGGUUCUUUGCGCCUUCCCUGUACAUCAUUCCCUUGGCCAUCAGUCUAGGCAUCGAGCAGGACCGCGCCGCCUUUUUACUGUCCACCAUGGCCAUCGCUGAAGUGUUUGGAAGGAUUGGGGCUGGCUGCGUCUUCAACAGAGAGCCCAUUCGUAAGAUCUACAUUGAGCUCGUCUGCGUCAUCUUACUGACCGUGGCUCUGUUUGCCUUUACUUUCGCUGCCGAAUUCUGGGGUCUCGUGUCCUGCAGCGUAUUUUUCGGGUUCAUGGUUGGAACGGUGGGGAGUACGCACAUUCCACUGCUGGCCGAAGACGAUGUCGUGGGUAUCGAGAAGAUGUCCUCUGCUGCUGGAGUCUAUGUCUUCAUCCAGAGUGUCUCAGGGCUGGCUGGGCCGCCCCUUGCAGUGCCAAAGGGGAACCCACUGAUGUAUAACCUCACUCGUUACCCGCCGGCUUUUGGAACCGCAGCACAAAGGGACUCCUGUCUGCUGGUGGACCAGAGUAAGAUUUACAGCAGAGCCUUCUACUCCUGUGCGACGGGCACGUCGGUGGCCGCUGGGUGCCUGGCGUUGGUGAGGCCUUGUCGAAGGGGGCUGUGGCGGCACCGUCCUGCAGGGGGCGCCCAGGCCCAGAGUCCUCGCGGGAAAGCUUUACAAGACAUCCCUGAAGACUUCCUCGAAAUGGACCUGGGCAAAAAUGAGCAUAAAGUUCACGUGGAAGUGGAGUCGGUGUGAGACGCUUUCCUGGAGCGCGCGCUGCCCUGUUGACCUGCAGGGGCGGGCGGCCGCGGGCAAGGGUGGGGGUCGCCGGGAGGUGCCAGGGCUGCCCGCCCGCCGCACUUGCCAAACCUUCGAGGGAAUGCGUGGGUGAACGCGACCAGCAUCCUUUUCGUUUUUCCCUUUUUACGUGUUCCUUCUUGCUUGUUUCUUAAGCCAAAACAAAAACAACCCAGCAAUUUCCACGCAUCGAUCUGGCUGUCUUCAGGAGCAAUACAGAGAUGCAAAGAAGGGCCCUUUGGCUCCCAUUCCCAAUCCAAAACAGUGCUCUGAACGCCCAGAGCGGCUGUAAGAGCUGUCACGUGUGAUAAACAACUGUCUUCUAAGACGACAUCAGCCCAGAUCACUGACGUGAAAUUGGCCACCACCAAAAAAAAAUCUUAAAUCAUGUUUUAAAUUUCUCCUUUGCAGAAAGAAACAGGAACAGAUGGUCUGAAACCCCUUGGAAAACACUGAGGUCUCCAUUAACAAGUCAUGGCGUCUCAGGUUUUCUACCAUUCUGUGGGAAUGACGUUCAGGUUUAAGACCAAACGUUCGGCUAACAAAUAGAAAUUCUAAAAAACCAUAUAUGUAACUUGAACUUCAUAAAUGUGAAGAUUACCACUUCUUCUUAUGGCCAGUCAUUACCAGAAGUAUUUCAACACAGAAGAGGCAGAAUGGCAUUCAAAAAUAGGUUUCCUGUUGCUUUUAAUAAUUCUGAAAUAUGUGACUAUAGUAACUUUAAUUUAAUCCACUAUUUAUUAUUAAGUUAUUCUAGGAUGAUUAAAAUAAUCAAAAGAAAUAAAAUCUGAGGCCUAAAUAUCCCUUUUACCUCCGUUUUGCAGUUCUUGAAAUGCCUCAAAGAAAACUUAUCUUGUAAAGUCACUCUCCUAAAAGGGCCGGGUUGUAAUGAUUCUGCUGUUUGAUUAAAAGCCACACGUGCUAGUUAAAGGGGGGAAAAAAAGGUAAUGAAUAGCAAAUCGCCUUAGCUUCUUAAAAUACUUUGUUUUGUCGCCUAAGAAUACUUGAGGAUCUCCUUUGAUUGGAAUUCUAUUUCAUCGAAUUGUUGAAGCAUUUCUGAUUUUUUUCCUUUAAACAGCGAACUGUUGAAGCAUUUCUGUAUUUCACAUGUAGCAAAGACAUCACAUUUUUACCAUCGUAAGUUACACGUUGCAAUUUACAUCUUCCACAAACCUUGAUUGCUCUAAGUUGCCAGAGUUAUCAGGUAAACGGGUCAUUGUUGGUUUGGUUGUUUGUUUGUUUGUUUGUUUUUGGAAUUACACUACAUGUGUAGAAUUUCUCAUGUUCUCGUUUUUUUCCAUAAGGAGGGCAGGUGUGAGGAUGACAGGUGGGCUACUUACUUACAUGUAAUGAAUCUCACUCUGCAGGUGAAGGUCACUCGCUGCUCUUUUAUUCAUCUUUACUGUUAAUUUAUGACAACUCAGGGGGAAAAAUAUAACAAGCCUAGUUUGGUUACAGGUACACACAAGCUUGAAUAUUUCUCUGCACUGAAAUGAAAGUGGCAUAGUUCAUCACCACCUGCUACAUUUUGUAUAGCAUUUUAUCAGCCAUAGAAAUAGGACAAUCUGUAAAACUCUGGGGGGUGGGAGGGGAUAAAUGACAAAGUGUCCGUCGAGAACAGACACACCUGGAACGGUGGAUGUAGCAAAUCUCUGUCACUGCUUGAGAAGGACUUUGAGCUUUGUGGCAGUUUUGCAGACUUACAUGACUUCAGCACUUUACAACAUUUUUUACUAUGAAUGUUCAAUACAAUUUAAUAUUUAUAACUGAUUUCUGAGCAAUCUGCUCUAAGUCCAUUCUGUUAACUGCAUGAAAAAAAAUGUAUGCCAAUUUCAAUAUGUCAAUAAUCACGGUUUUAAAUGUGUCAGAGAAAAUUAAAGCAGAUUGCCAAUCUCUUCUGUAUUUGUGACAUUCUGGUACUUCUAGAUAUGCAAUAAAUGUAUGGCUUUUUUUUUAAUUUAAA